CCCUUCUUCCUUCUCUCCAUCUUGGUGCUGAAAAUACCGUGGUAACCAUCAACCAUCAUCUCACAGCCUGGGCGGAAAACAUAACCAGGGCUCCUUUGCUCCUGCACAGAGAACAUACCCGGCCCUUUCACUGGCCUGGCUUCUGAUUGGAGGCUGGUUGUUUCGGAUAAUGACCUCCAGGACCCCUCUGUGGGUUACAGCCUGUUUCUUUAACUCUUACUGCAACUCAAGACACCUGCAGUGGGGUGUGAGAAAGAGGAAAAGACCAGUAUUUUUACACCCCCAGGUACCGGGAGCACGGGAGAUUGACACUUCCCAUGCAUCCCUUCCAGUCCGGCUGCUCGCUAAGAUGAGGGAUCUUCUUCAGUACGUGGCCUGCUUCUUUGCCCUGUUCUCUACUGGCUUCUUGGUUGUAGCCACCUGGACAGACUGUUGGAUGGUGAAUGCCGAUGAUUCCCUGGAGGUGAGCACAAAAUGCCGGGGCCUCUGGUGGGAAUGUGUCACAAAUGCUUUUGAUGGAAUUCGCACCUGCGAUGAGUACGAUUCUAUCCUGGCUGAACAUCCCUUGAAGCUGGUGCUGACUCGGGCGUUGAUGAUCACUGCAGAUAUUCUAGCUGGGUUCGGAUUUAUUACCCUGCUCCUGGGUCUCCACUGCGUGAAAUUCCUCCCUGAUGAGCCAUACAUCAAAGUGCGCAUCUGCUUUGUGGCUGGGACCACAUUAUUAAUAGCAGGUGCCCCAGGAAUUAUCGGUUCUGUGUGGUAUGCUGUUGAUGUUUAUGUGGAACGUUCUACUCUGGUUUUGCACAAUAUAUUUCUUGGCAUCCAAUAUAAAUUUGGUUGGUCCUGUUGGCUUGGAAUGGCUGGGUCUCUGGGUUGCUUUUUGGCUGGGGGUAUCCUCACAUGCUGCUUAUACAUCUUCAAAGAUGUGGGACCUGAAAGGAACUAUCCUUAUUCCAUGAGGAAGGCCUAUUCGAAUGCAGCUGUUUCCAUGGCCAAGUCAUACAUAGCCCCUCGGACAGAGACUGCCAAAAUGUAUGCUGUGGACACAAGGGUAUAGAGUGCUGCAUAUCAUUCUGUGUUUGUAUGUUAUUUAAUUAAUCAAUAAUUUCAGGUGAAUAAAAUAACAGGCAAACCAAGGAACAGUUAUUUAAACUUAAUGUUCAACUAAAUUAAUUGUGCAGCUUAAUAAAAAAAAAGUUUGUCACUUCUUUGCUAUUAUUCUCAUCUU